AUGAGAAAGAAAGGGCGAUGUGUAUUUACCUGUCUUGACGUCUUUCUCGCCGGAGAUCGAACGGACGGACAAUCUUUACGUCCGCUGACGGCGAUGGAGAUGCGAUGGAGAGCUGUCGGUGGAGGCGAUCGUUGCUGGUAUCGCUUUGGGAAGAAAGAAAAGAGAGGAUUUCCACCUCUCUUUCUUCAUCUUCACAAACCCACCCACAAAAAACCCUUCGACUUUUAUCAGUUUUCAACUAAAGUCUCUGUAUUGAUCAAGGUGAAAAUUGAAGAGCAUUGA